AUGGCAAAGGUUCACAUAACCAAUGUCGUUGUGCUGGACAACCCGAGUCCGUUUCUAAAUCCGUUCCAAUUCGAAUUGACCUUCGAAUGCAUAGAAGAACUAAAGGAGGAUCUGGAGUGGAAGAUGAUUUACGUGGGAUCCGCCGAGACCGAGGAGCACGACCAGGUUCUGGACACAAUAUACGUAGGCCCCAUACCAGAGGGCCGACACAUGUUCGUCUUCCAAGCGCCGCCGCCUGAUGUCACACGCAUUCCUGAAAAUGAUGCGCUAGGCGUGACUGUAGUGCUGUUAACGUGUUCGUAUAGAGGACAGGAGUUCGUUAGAGUGGGAUAUUUCAUUAACAACGAAUACAGUGAAAGUGAACCGGAGUUGCGGGAGAAUCCGCCCGCGAAGCCGCAGUUCGACAAGGUGGUGAGGAACAUUCUAGCAUCGGAGCCCCGCGUGACAAGAUUCAAAAUCAACUGGGCCGAGCCCGACGCCGCGGUGGCACCCGACUCAGCCGAUGUUAACUUGGAGGCGUCACAUGCGCCAAGUAACGAUUCCUACGGGGCGUCCUUCAACGCGGAUAGUCAAAUAAGUGGUAUGGAGUUCCAAGGCAGUUUGAGCGGCUACGGUGACAACUCGAAUUCAAUAGCUCCUAUGGAAUGC